UGCCUACUGCACAUUUAACAGCACUUUCCAACAUGGCGGCGUGCAGUGUGGAGGAGCUGUUAGCCAAAGCUGAACAAGAAGAGGCAGAAAAACUGAGGAGUAUCUCGGUCCACAAAGAGCUGGACCUGGACUUUGACAUCGGGAACCUCUUAGCCUGCGACAAAAACCGCAUCGAGUCCCGAGACUUCAAAGAGCAGAAGAAAGAGGACUUCCUGCGCUCGUUAGCUCGUGACAACACGCAGCUGCUCAUCAACGAGAUCUGGAAACAACCCACGGAGAGGGUCGAGGAGGCGAUAGUGGCCAAACUACCAGACCCGACGACCCCGCUGCCCAGAGAGAAACCACCGCCCAAACCUAAACCUCCAACUAAAUGGGAAGAGUUCGCCAAACUGAAGGGCAUCCAGAAGAAGAAGAAGACCAACCUGGUGUGGGAUGAGACCGCGAAGGAGUGGAAGAGGCGGUGGGGCUACAAGAGAGCCAAGGAUGACACCAAAGAGUGGCUGAUAGAGGUGCCAGAGACCUCAGACCCCAAUGAGGACCAGUUCGCCAAACGCGCCAAAGCCAAGAAGGAGAGGGUGGCCAAGAACGAGUUCAACCGGCUGAAGAACAUCGCCAGGGCGCAGAAGGUCAAAGUACCGGGUGUGGGUCUGACCCCUGUAGCCCAGCAGUCCAGAGACGACCUGGCCAGAGCUGUGAGCGUCGCCAAGACCUCCACAGCAUCCGUGGGCAGGUUCCAGGACCGCCUGCCCAAAGAGAAAGCGCCCAAGAACACCGGCAAGAAGAGGAAGUUUGAGCCCCUCAUCGGUGACUUCUCCAGCGAGAAGCAGAAGCAGCUGGAGCUCCUGAGAGUCCUGGACAGCAAGAAGCCCAAACUGGACAUCACCAAGGCUGUGAACAAGCAGAUGAGGGAGGAGGACAGGGAGGAGGCUGCAGCCAAACACAAGAGGGGAGCAGGGAAGAAAGGACGCAAAGGCAGCAUGCCAGGAAAGGGCAAAGGAAGCAUGCCAGGGAGAGGCAAAGGAAAGGGUGGGAAGGGGAAAGGAGGUAAAGCUGGAGGAGGAGGCGGAGGAGGGAAGAGGAGAGGCAAACCUGGGAAGCGCUGAGGACUCUGUAUCCUGCUACAUGUGUUUGUGCCUUGGCAUCAGGACAUUGAACUGGACUCAAAUGAUGCAAUGACUGUCUGAUCAGUCUGCGAAUGAUGUGACUGUCUCUUUCUGUGUGUUUAAACUGUCACCACAUCUGUAAAUGUCAGUGGAGACAUACUGAUUAAUAUGUUUUAUAUCAAUGGAAACAUAUUUAAACUGCAGCUCAAAUUAAAAUCAUCAGAUUGUGA